UCAGACUGUUCUCUGGAGUUCCGGAACUGCCAUCUUGGGCAAAAUGGCCAACAUACUGGCCAACAUUGUGGCGAGGAGCACCCUCCUCAGUGCUCUGGAGGAGAAGAGGCGCCAACAGAUGAAGAAAUUCCUGCUCCAUCGGCUGUUCUUUGUCGCGCUGUUGCGAGAAAAUGCGGAGAGUGCAGACGUCACAGCAUACCAUGAGCAACUUUUCCAGAGGAUUUCCAAGGUCCACCUAGGGGAGUCCCCCUCAGGCAUCCUCCUCAUCUACUCUCACUGUCUUCUGCACAUUCUAGAGGCAUCCAGUGGCACACUCUACCAUAUCCUUAUGGACUUGGCAGCUGUUGAAAAUCAAGAUUCAAAUGCUUUAAUACAGGACGUUAAGAUAUUAGCAAUGUCUCACAACAUCCCGACCAGACUCUUCAACCAGUGGUACGCCACAGCAGUGGAAGUCCCAGUAACUCUCGAAGAUGUUACCCAGACCCAGACGACAGAAGAAGUGAUCACAGAGUGCCUUACCCUCAACCUGAAACUGGGAGUUUAUCUUGCGACUCUCAAGGUGGGCAAUAAAGGCCUCAGCGAUUGUCUCCACACGGUCGUGCCGGAACUUCUGAUGCCAGCAGAAACCAUCCAGUAUUUGUGCAAGGCUAAGGAGUGCCUCAGUCCAGAGGAGUUUCUGAAGAUAUACAACAAUCCUUUGCAGCCUAAAAUGGAUUCAGAAUGUGUGUGGCCUACUCCUACUCAUAUGAUUUCAUGAAACCUUCCAAACUGCCAGCGUUUUCAUGGGUAGCAAUUCAAGGGUGCUGUUAACUUGCAGAAUUGGCUAGGAAUUCCAACGUCCAUUAAACCUCC